AUGACUAAGAAAUCUGAGAACUAUUAUUUGCUAUCGGAGGAGGAUGAACCACAUCGUACAUGUAAAAGCAAAAACUUUAUUGCCAAAGUUAUGUUUUUAGUUGCUCUUACUCGACCAAGAUUUGACUCGCAAGGAAAUGAGAUUUUUUCAGGUGAAAUUGGUAUUUUUCCAUUUGUUACCCAGGAACCUGCUAAAAGGACAAGUGCUAACCGAGUUGCAGGAACAAUGGAGACAAAAGCAAUAACAUCGGUAAAUAGAGAUGUCAUAAGAUCAUUUCUUAUUGAAAAAGUCUUGCCAACUAUAAAGGAAAAAUGGCCAAGAGAUGAUUUGGAUACUAGUACAAUAUUUAUCCAACAAGAUAAUGCAAGAACUCAUAUUAAUCAUGAUGAUCAAGAGUUCAUUCAAGAAGCCACACGAGAUGGAUUUGAUAUUCGUUUGAUGUGUCAACCUGCAAAUUCUCCUGAUUUAAAUGUCUUAGACCUUGGAUUUUUCAGUGCAAUACAAUCAUUACAACACAAGGAGUCCCCUAAAACUAUUGAUGAACUUGUUUGUGCGGUGGUGAAGUCAUUUGAAAACUUUUCAUCUGUGAAGUCCAAUCAUAUAUUUGUAACAUUGCAAUUAUGCAUGAUAGAGAUCAUGAAAGCCAAUGGUUCUAAUAAAUAUAAAAUUUCACAUUUGAAUAAGGAAAGACUAGAAAGAGAAGGACAAUUACCCGUUCAAAUGAAGUGUGAUCCAAUUUUAGUACAAGAAGUUUGUAAGUACCUAAACACAGAGUAA